AUGCCCAUCUACCAACAGUUAGUACUCAUCCUUUUGGACAUCAGGCAGCAAUGGAAAACUCACCAUGCCUCGCUUCACUUUGUCAUUCUGCGCCUCGUUGAGCUUAGAGAGCUCUCAGAGGCUGUAAGGAUAGAGGAAGUCUCGACCUCAGAGCUGGACUCGCUACUGGAAGAUGCUGAGGCGGUGGAGGAAGAGGGGAAGGUGGUGUACUCUGUUUCGCUGUACAUGGAUGAGCUAGGUACUUCGGGGGUCUCAGAGCUGGUCGAGCUGACAGACGUGAUAGGAGAGUCGGAAGAGGAUGUGUCAGAGGGUGUUACUGUCGGGACGGGCGUCUCGAUAGUACCAGAAUCACUGGUCAACGACUCCGAUGGCGUCUCGGAAGGCAAGACGAAGCUGCUAGUGCCUGAAGUUACCGACUCAGUGUACGAAACAAGUUCAGAGUCCCUCUCCGUGGUUGGCGAGGGUGUAGGCAAAGUUAUGACUGCAGACGACGUGGGUGUGGAAGAGUCUGAAGUCGUCUCAAUCGAGCUGAAAGAGAUGCUGAACGAGUACGGCAACGAGGAUGUUGCAGAAUCAGUCUCUGAAGCACUAGGCACACUGCUGGUAUCGUAUGUAGAAGAUGCCGUGUACGAAGGUGUGUAUGAGGCCAACGAAGAAGAAUCUGAAGAGGUUUCAGUUUCAGUAGCUGACGACGACUCUUCUGAACUAGUGGGUGUAUAUGAGGAGCCGUCCGUGGUCGAAGAUCUGGACAUGGUGAGUGUUCUAGACCAGGUACGUGUGGAAGAACGACUCCGGGAAACUCUGGAUUUCCUAGACCACGUUGAAGUCGAGGUUGAAGAUGACGUGUAA